AUGGAUUGUAGCAAAAAAACCUUUGACGUAAGGUCCGAGAAGGACGGUGCGAAGAUGGAGUCCGAGAAGGACGGAGAGAGGGAGGUGUCCGUGAAGGAUGUAGAGGAGUUGGCAAGGAGAGGAGAAUUGAAUGCGGAAGAUGCGGCGGCGUUCAGCGAGCUAGCUCGCGAGCUGGAAAUGGCGGAGCGGGAACUGGAAUUGGGGUCUGACCUCUCCAGCUCCUGCAUGUCGUUAGACGAUGGCGGGAGGUCGUCAGUUGAUGGCCCCCGCAGGUCAUUGAGGAGGAAAAGGCGUCGGACGGAUGGCGACUCAGAGUCGGAUUGGAGUGGGCGUUCAACACCGGUUCCCAAAAAAGUGGAUCAAAGCCCAGGCGGAGAUACCCGUAAAAUCUUUGGGUAUCAAUUUCACGGGGAAGGUAAGUUCUCAGAACCCGUGGCUAUGCCGCCAAAAAAGAAGACUGCCGCGGCGGCGGCAACAACAUCGGCGAGUAAGGAGGGGCCCUUAGGCCUAAAAGAAGCCAGAGUCCGCCUUCAGCGGAUAACGGCAAUAGACAAGGACGAGGACGCGGCCCAUUCGCAAGAGGCCAUGUCGGCCCUGGAAGAGGCCGAAAGAACAACACCAGAGAUGGAACCGGCCAAGUCCAAGAAGAAGCCCCCGGCACGUGCGGCUUCCCGCAAACCCUCAUUUAACGAGGAAACACGGGCUGCUGACGAGCUUGGGGGCCAAAUCGAGAGGGAGGCCAGUCGGGUGUUAGAUGCCAUCCGUAAGUCGGCCAAUUUGAAGGGUACUGUCGUUAGGGACGUCAAGGACUCUGUUGCCUCAAUUUGCAGAGCGGCGGAGGCCCUGAAGUCCCGAUCCGAUACGGUCGAGUGCGCACGUUUACGUGCGGCAAACUCCCGUUUGGAAAAAGAGGUGGCUGACAGCAAGGCGAAGAUCGCCAGCUAUAGGCAAGAGUUUGCCCGCCUUGACGCCGAAAUGGCAGCCCUCCGCGAGGAGGUUGGCCGAUCGCGUGCCACGGCUGGCGGACAAAUACCGGACGAGACAGAGGCACCCAUGGGGACUCCCCGGGUCCUCGAAUACAUGGAAGAGAGGCUGGUCAAGCGUAUGGGGAAGAUGAUGGAUGAUCGACUCGCGAGUAUCGAGGGUCGUCUCCUCCCAGCUCCCCAGAUCUCGGCCGUAGGACGUCCACCCGCUCAGGAAGAUGGAAGCCGGGGCUCAGUUCCCCAGGUUCUAGCGGGCGGCACAAGGACAAGCGCCCAGGGGCCAGCACCUCAGGCUAAGGGCGGAAAUAAGAGGAAGCCCAAGAAGGCAGCCCACUCGGCCUCACAACCGGUCGAGACUCGUGCCCCCCCGGCAACACAGCCAUCCCAACCAACAGAAGCUUCUUGGGCCACUGUUGUGAAGGAGGAGGGUGUGACGUACGCCAACAUACUGUUGGAGGCGAAAAACCGAGUGGACCUUCGCCCCCUCGGUAUAGAGGCGCUCCGACUGCGCCAGGCCAUCACCGGAGCCAGAAUUCUGGAGAUCCCUGGUGCAGAGAGCGGCGAGAAAGCCGACGCCUUGGCUUCGAAGCUCCGGGAGUUUAUUCCGGAGAGCAUGGCGAAGGUGGCCAGGCCCGUCAAAACCGCGGAAAUGCGCGUGAUGGGCCUGGACGACUCUGCCACGACAGAGGAGGUGGCGGUGGCAGUUGCCCAAGUCGGGGAAUGCCAGCCGGAUGCGGUAAGGGUCGGUGACAUCCGCCGCAAUACCUCCGGGAUGGGCACCUGCUGGGUUCGCGGCCCCGUGGCGGCCAUUAAGAAGGCGACCGCGGCGAAGCACAUUCGCAUAGGGUGGGUGUCGGCGCGGACGGAGCUCCUGCGGCAAAGGCCGCUGCGAUGCUUCCGAUGCCUGGAAGGAGGACAUGUGAGCAAUCAAUGCUCACAAACCCAGGAUCGCAGCGGUCUUUGCUACCGUUGUGGGGAAGAAGGCCACCGUGCGGCAACCUGCACAGCUGAUCCGCGGUGCGUCAUCUGUGCCGCGCUGGGUCGUCCGGCGAACCAUUGGGUGGGUGCAAAAUCUUGCACCCCGCCCAAAAGCAAGAAGGCGAAACGGCCAGCCACCCAGGCCCCAGGCCGAAGGAGCGAACAGGAGGAGGGGAUGGAGACGGGCCAUGAGCCCAGUCCCCUUCUGGCGAUCAGGGAGGUAGGGGCGGCAAGUAGUCGCUCCUCGAUCGCUACCGGGCCGGGGUGA